GGGAAGAAACUGCUGAAGUUCUAUUACCUGUGCGAAAUUGGAGCUAAUGAAAUAAAAAGUCACAAAUGAUGGACAAGUCCACUGAGAACCCCGGCAAUGACCCGGUGUCCACCAAAGGCAACGGAUCCAUCAAGAGCGAUGAGAAGACGUCGACUGAUGGUGGCAUAAAUGUGAGCAUGAUGGAGAAGUUUAGAAGGAGCUUCCGGCUUCCAACACGGAAGAAUCCACCAUCACCUGGUGACAAGGAAUCCAAGUUAUCACCAGAAUCAGAUGAACCUGCAAAGAUGUUAGAUUCUGCGGCUUCACCACAACCUCCGUCACCCAGUCUGAGUCCUGGCUCUGCAUCUACCUCUCCGAAGAACAACCAGAAAAAAGAGGAUGAUGACUCAGAUGUUUCUCACAAAUCCAGACCACUAACACCAUCAAACACAGAUCCCAGUAUGCCGAGGUUUGAUAAUACAUUAAAUAGACUGAGAGAAUGCCUUCGUUGGAGACGGAAAAAGGAAGUGGAUACACUCCCCUCUGAAGACUUGAAGGAAGAAAAAGAUCCCAGUAUGCCGAGGUUUGAUAAUACAUUUAAUAGACUGAGAGAGUCCUUUCCUUGGAGACGGAAAAAGGAAGUGGAUACACUCCCCUCUGAAGACUUGAAGGAAGAAAAAGGUGUUGGCGACGGCUCUUCAGCCACCUGUUUGGAGAAUGAAGAGAAAAAAGAGGAAGAUGAGUCAGAUGUUUCUUCUCUCAAAUCCAAACCACCGACACCAUCAAAGACAGAUCCCAGUAUGCCGAGGUUUGAUAAUACAUUUAAUAGACUGAGAGAGUCCUUUCCUUGGAGACGGAAAAAGGAAGUGGAUACACUCCCCUCUGAAGACUUGAAGGAAGAAAAAGGUGUUGGCGACGGCUCUUCAGCCACCUGUUUGGAGAAUGAAGAGAAAAAAGAGGAAGAUGAGUCAGAUGUUUCUUCUCUCAAAUCCAAACCACCGACACCAUCAAAGACAGAUCCCAGUAUGCCGAGGUUUGAUAAUACAUUUAAUAGACUGAGAGAGUCCUUUCCUUGGAGACGGAAAAAGGAAGUGGAUACACUCCCUUCUGAAGACUUGAAGGAAGAAAAAGGUCUUGGCGACGGCUCUUCAGCCACCUGUUUGGAGAAUGAAGAGAAAAAAGAGGAAGAUGAGUCAGAUGUUUCUUCUCUCAAAUCCAAACCACCGACACCAUCAAAGACAGAUCCCAGUAUGCCGAGGUUUGAUAAUACAUUUAAUAGACUGAGAGAGUCCAUUCGUUGGAGACGGAAAAAGGAAGUGGAUACACUCCCCUCUGAAGACUUGAAGGAAGAAAAAGGUGUUGGCGACGGCUCUUCAGCCACCUGUUUGGAGAAUGAAGAGAAAAAAGAGGAUGAAGAGUCAGAUGUUUCUUCUCUCAAAUCCAAACCACCGACACCAUCAAAGACAGAUCCCAGUAUGCCGAGGUUUGAUAAUACAUUUAAUAGACUGAGAGAGUCCUUUCCUUGGAGACGGAAGAAGGAAGUGGAUACACUCCCCUCUGAAGACUUGAAGGAAGAAAAAGUGACUCCUACCUUUGAGGAAUACCUUGAAAUUCAAGCCUUUUGUGAGGCCACUCAGCAACUGAUAGACAGGGAGAAACAUCUGUUUUGGGAGACAGCUGAGGCUAACAAGGAAGCAGUAGAAAAGCUUGCUGCAGACCAUAAAGCCCUUGAAGAGCGUGUAUGGCAGACUCUGCAGCAGAGUCUUUCUCUCAGCAGUGAGGAAGCAUCAGUGUCUGCUCUGAAGUCUGCAGUGAAAGCCAUCAACCUUGAGGAAGAGCAGGACCAGCUGUGGAAACAAAGAUCCCAGACUCCACCGGCCUGGAGGCCCAGUGAGUGGAAGAAGCGCCAUGACGAAGUGCUUCAAAAAUUAGUAAAUGGGCGUAUGGAUAAUCCAUCGAGCCCCACUGGUGACCAGGUGAACCAGUCCUCGAUCCAGGCAGACAUCCAGUCCAUGGACAGGCAGCUGAAGGAUGACCUGCAGUGGGUGGUGGAGAAGGUGAAGAACUGCUACCCACCAGAGAUGGACAUCUGUAACUUUUAUGCAAGACAGUACCAUCAAACUUUCAAGGCCAGGCUCAGAAAGAUUGUUGGUUCUGUGGAUGAUGAGGACUGCAGUUUCCUCCUGCGAUGGGUGAAGGAAUCUUAUCCAGAAAUCCUUGAAAAACCUGAGCUGACCAGCAAUAUCAAUACUGAAGCGCUGGGAAACCUGCUUCCUGACGAGUUACUGAAACCUCUGGAGGAGAAGUACCUCAGCAAUCAACAGAGCGACCUGAUGAUUUAUAUUGACCGAGUAUUGGAUGAAGCAAAGAAAGAGUGGGAUCAAGGAAAGGAGCCGACAAGAGAUGAUGGUUGCUACGCCAGUGCCGUGGCCUAUGAUGUCAUCCAGUUUAUCAACGACAUCGUGACAUCAGCACAAAAAAUUGUAAGAGACCCGCACAAGGCCCAGAAAAUAACAUCCAACCUGACAGACUUCAUGCAGAGGUAUAAAGAGUUUCAUGAAGACGUCAUUAAGCAGAACAAACCGCACAGCAAAGCUUUCAUAAAGGCAAACCUCAGCUGUGUCAAACAGUUCAAGGACUUCCUUGUGAAGCACGAUCUGUUCCUAGAGGAUGUGCAGAAAAACUGUUUGCCGGUCCUGACUGAGAUGAAACAGUCUGCUCACACUUAUUUAUUAACUCCUGUGCACAAGGUCCUCAAGCCACACUACCAGAAGGUGGGAACCAAUGACUGGCUGAAGAAGAACACGUUUGAGAAGCUGCUGAAUAGCACUGAAGAAGAGCUUCAACAACUUCAGGGUUCCAGUCAGUCCUCUUACCAGGAGCUGAUUGGUCAGCUUUACCAGGAAGUGGCAGAAGAAUAUGUCCGGAGGCUCCUGAAAGGAGAGGUGAAACUGAAGGACAGCAAUCAGCAGCAGAAGGCUUACGAGACUGUGAAAGAAAAUGCAGAGAAACUGCACGAGCUGUUUGCCGAAAUGGGAUCCAAACAAGACUGGUUGAAGGAAAUCCUGACCAAGAUUGCAGAAGUGCUAAAACUCCAAGAUACUCCUGCCAUACAGAUGCAAAUCGUUUCACUGGGAUCUGCUUAUCCCGACCUCAGUGAAAAACAUAUUUCAGCUCUGCUUAAACUCAAAGCAAACCUCUCCAAAGCCGACAAGAAAACUAUCAAAACCACAGUGCUGGACAUACUGAAAGAGAGCCAUACUAAUGCUGAAACCCGGGCAUUUUUCUCCAAAGUUGAAGUGGUGGGCAGUUGAUUUGCUUUUCAGAGUAUCACUGACUGAGAGUUGGGUUGCGGAGCAUUGUGUAUUAUAUUGUUUGGUAGAUAAGAUGAGUUGAAUGCUAAUGUUUUCAGUCUGUCUGUAGAGAUGUUCAAAGUGAAUGCCAUGGAUAAUUCCUCAUGUUUUUUCUUGUUGUCUGUUAGUGUUUGACUUGAGCCACAUCAGCCUAAGUUUUUCUUUUUAUUUAGUCAUUUUUCAUUUUUGAAUGACCAUCACUUAUGUUGAAACACUUCCUCCUUGGACCUCAGACACUGUUAUUCCAUUUUCUACAGUCAAACUUUCUCCUAAAUUCUUGUCUUAGAUGUGCAGGCUUCUCUCUUAAAACAUCAUCACCUCGUGCUCUGCUUCACUUGGAGGUAAGCAUGGUUUCUUACACAGAGAAAUGGGGCAGAGCAAAUGUGCAUGUUGGUUCCGAAUGCUUUUGAUUUACUAACAUACGAACUGUGGUGAUAACAAAAUAGGCUGGCACGCACGUUUUACAAAUUUAACAGUAAUUUUUCUGUGUGGACUACUUGUGUAUUAGUGUAUUAGUCCGUGUAUUAGUAAAUGAGGCUCAUUGUCUCCACCAUGUUUCACAGAUGAUGCAGCAGUGAAAAGUUGUUUCUCUCCUUCUUCUGACUUUCUCUUCCCAUGUUUCUGAUACAAGUUUAUCUUGGUUUCAUCUUUUCAAAGAUAGUUUUUCGAAUCCUGUGAAAGGUCUUUUAGAUGUUUUCCGGCAAAUCUAAUCUGACCUUCUUGUUCUUCUUCUUCUUCUUGUAAACCUUGUUGUAUACUGCUGAAAUAAUAGAAAUCAAGCCUUGUAACAACAUGGAUAAAUAAUACUCUGAAGCGCUGGAAUAUUGUUUCACAUGUAACCUAGUGACAUUUCCAUUUUGAUAUUAUCCAAUAGUUUUUCUCAGUUUUGUAAAUAAUAAUAGAAUAGAAUAGAAUAGAAUAAUAUAAGGUACUGCUUUUAAAAAAUGUACACAUCCACUGAAAGAAGUCAGAAUUUCUGCAGUGAUUUAUGUUUGGUCCUUGGUUUGUGCAAGUUAGUAUAGAAUAAUUCUUUAUUCUUGUAUAUGUACCAGAAGAUAAAUGGCAAUAUUGUGUUUACAGUGAAGUAGUAAAACACACUGUUUAAAAAUAUUACCUUUGUCCUCUCAUGUUUGUCGCGUUUGACAUCAGACAAAGAAAAAUGACAUUUCACAUCAAAUAAAUAGCAUUACAUGUAAACUUGCGCAUGUUUGCCAUUUUGUAAAGGAAACCAGACAUAACAGUGAAAGUCAAUUCAUUUCUCAGGUAAAUUCCUUUUUACGUGAAUAUUUCUUCUUCUUAUUAUUAUUAUUGUAUGUUUUGUAUAAGUUGAUUCAGCUGUUUGGAUUUUUUUUUCACCUUUUGUGAUUGUAGCUAAGAAAAUGUAAACAUUGUGUUACUGAAAUGCAUAUUUGAUAAUAUCAAUAAAAGGCCACUAUAUCCACUAGGCACUAUCAGCCUAAUCCACUCACA